UUUGAUUGGUGGCAAUGGAUCUGUAAGAGUAGUGUUAAGGAGGUGGGCAUUGGCCUAUGAUUGAAGCUGCUUCUGUGCUUCUCCUUAUGUAAGCAGAGGAGUUACCCAGUUACGUGGACAUGGAUCCAAAAAAUGCACUGAAAGAGAUAGUUGUAAUGGAAUAAGUUGAGGGGCCAGUGAAAAUGCUGAGCUAAAUUUAGCAUCAGAUGGGGACCAUGGUAUUGAAAGCAACAUGUCAAAAACAGAUGUGAAUAAAUCUUGCAUUUCAUUUUGUUACUUUCUUCAGAGUUUUUGAUGCUAUCCAUGUUUUGAAAGAGAUGGGGAGAACAGGCAAAUGGCUCAGAAACUUGUUGACAGGGAAGAGAGACAGAGAAAAAGAGAAGGAAAAAUGUGGUACCAACAACCUCUGUCUGUUAAAUGCCACAACACAGAAUCCAACAACUCCUGCUUCUUCAACAACAACAACAACAACAACAUCAUCAAACACUCCGAAGGAGAAAAGAAGGUGGAGUUUCAGGAGAUCAUCAGCUUCCAGGGAACUGAAUCUUGCAGAAUCUGGUGUCACUGCCUCAGUGACAGUGCAAACUACCACCACAGAUGCUGAGAAUGAUCGAAUGAAACAUGUUACUGUGGUGCCUGCUGAUGCUGCUAUCAUCUGCUUCACUCCUGAUUCCAAUAUAUCGUCAACAAGUAUUGAAGAGGCUGCAGCCAUUAAAAUUCAGUCAGUUUUUCGGUCCUACUUGGCAAGAAAGGCUCUGUGUGCUCUUAGAGGACUAGUGAAGUUGCAGGCACUAGUGAGGGGUCAUUUGGUGAGAAAACAGGCCAGGGAGACACUAAGAUGCAUGCAGGCUUUGGUCAUAGCACAAGCCAGGGCUCGUGCUCAGAGGGCAAGGAUCGUGUCAGAAGGAAAAACUGAUCAAAAUCUUUCACCCUACAGAAUAACCCCAGAGGACAACUUCUUCAUGAACAUGUAUAAUGAAAUGGAAAGUGGUUUGGAAUUGGAAGAGAAUGCCAAGAUUGUUGAGAUGGCUGUUUGUGAAUCCAAAGCUAACUCCAGAGGCAGAAACAGCUCUGCAAAUAGAGAACUUUCUGAUCACAGAUUUUCUGCAUAUUAUUCAUCAAACGGUUCAUACAAGGAGGAAAACUACAAUGCAUCAUCACCUGCACCAUCAACACUGACAGAAUUGAGUCCAAGAGCAUACAGUGGUCAUUUUGAGGAGUGUUCCUUCAGCACAGCACAAAGCAGUCCCUAUUACAACAACACAAAGCUACCCUUUACCUUCCCUAAACCACCCUACACAGAGGCCAUGUCCUAUGACCACCCUUUGUUUCCAAACUACAUGGCCAACACAGAAUCAUCAAGGGCCAAAGCCAGAUCACAGAGUGCACCAAAGGCAAGGCCAGAUUCUGUUGAGAGGCAACCAAGCAGAAGAAGGGCUUCAAUGGAAGGUAGAAAUGUGCCAAAGCCAGUUAGGAUGCAGAGGUCAUCUUCUCAUGUUGGUAUCACUGCUCAAAACUACCAAUAUCCUUGGUCAAUAAAGCUUGACAGGUCCAUAGUCAGUGAGUGUGGCUCUACAAGCACAGUGCUCACAAACUCUAAUUACUACUGCACAUGAUCCUGAUCAUCAUGGACUUUCCACUGCAACAAAGAGUACCCGUUUUGCAGCAAGUCUAAAAAUCCAGACUUUAGACUCUAGAACACAUACCAGACUCUGCAUUUACAAAUUGGGGGUCCUAGAUUGCAAGGGUUUUCCCUUUUUUUUUUUGAGUGAAGUUCAAAGUUUGAAGAGUGUCUUCUUGUAUUUACUGUGUUGUGGAUUACACUACGACUACGAGAACACAUUUUAACUGUUUGUGAACUGUGUAUAAAUUUUGCAAAGUCGGAUAUUUCCUAA